AUGUCUGGAACAAUCUGUCCGAUUCUCUCCGUUGUCCCAAACCGAGCUCUGGUUGAUGAGACAUUUAAGGUGGUGGUGGAGAAUCUUCCCCCUACAUCUCCAGUAACACUUCAUUCCCUCCACCACUCUGAGGACAAGGACUUCUGGGAGGCUUAUGGACACUACAUCAGUGAUCACAGAGGAUUAGUCAAUGUUUCAGAGGAUAUGAGCUUUGGGGGCACGUACUCAGGAAAAGAGCCUAUGGGCUUGUUGUGGAGCAUGCGUCCUGAGCCAGGCAGCCGCAAAGGUCUCAGGUUGAGAAAGAUGAAUGUCUCCACCCCCGUGCUAGUCCAUAUCUCGGUCUACAGCGGGCAUGUAACCGAGGGCUUCAGGAAGCUGCCUCCUCUUGCCUCUGCACUUGCAGAGAGAUGGUACAUGGCUCCAGGAGUCAGGAGAAUUGAUGUCAGAGAGAAAAAAAUGCGAGGGACACUCUUUAUACCUCCAGGCCCCGGACCCUUCCCUGGGUUGUUGGAUAUAUGGGGAGGCGGUGGAGGUCUUGUGGAGUAUCGUGCGGCCUUGCUGGCAUCCCGUGGUUAUGCUACUUUAGCACUGGAGUAUUUUGCCCCUGGAAAGCUGCAGUCAGCCAAUGUUGAGUUGGACUAUUUUGAGGCAGCAUUUCAUAUUCUCGAGGACCAUCCUCAAGUAAUCUCAGACAAAGUUGGGAUUUUUGGUCUCUCCCUUGGCGCAAUUUUUGCCAUUUAUUUGAUGGCUGAAAGCACUGUUAUAAAGCCUCGCUGUUGUGUUUGUGUCAGCGGUCACCACUUUUACCCAGUUGGGGAGACUCUGGCAAAAUUUUUUAAGCUACUUGGCAAGCAUUUUGAAAAAGGUGUGGAUGACGGCGCCAUGGUAUGGAAAUCUACAAGUCCACCAGCAGGUGAAGACUGCCUCUCAAAGAAAGUGGAUGUUGGGAAAAUAAAGUGUCCCGUGCUCAUGGUCAGUGGCAUUGAUGAUCAGAACUGGCCCACUGUGGAUUCUGUUGAAGAUAUUAACCAAAUGAUGCAAGCUGCAGGGAACAAUCACCUCCUGUUCACACUGAAAUACCCCGGCACUGGACAUCUGAUUGAGCCACCUUUCUCGCCUCUCUUCAGAACUACUGUGUUUUUAAACCCUACAGAGAAAUGUGACACUGAUUCUGUUGGAGGACAAACCAAACCACAUGCAGAUGCUCAGGAAGACUCCUGGAGGAAGAUCUUGGCUUUUCUACACCAUCAUCUCAACUCCAGCCCACUUCAAAGAUCCAAAAUUUGA